UCUAUGUGCUGCAUUGUCUCACUAAGGACAAACUUCUGGUAAAUGAAAUCCGUGCCUAAAAUUCGGCUGGACGAUUUGUUGAACUAAAAGUCGAUUGUUUAAUAUGGUAUCCGAUGGAACUCGAUAUUGUUCGUAGAAAAAAACGACAAUUUAUUGUUUUUCGUAAUACUUGAAGAUAUCUUCAACUUGUGAUUCGAAGAUAUAUUGAUUACGUUCAAGAUGAAUAUUGACCGAGAUAUAAGAAUAAAAUCACGGACAGAAAUCAGAGAGGACAACAAACUUCGGCUUAACAGGGAAAUGGCUAAUGCAUCAAAGUUCGGACGAACAGCGCAGGUCCAGAAACUAUUACAACUCGGAGCAGAUGCCAAUUUUGUCUCUCCAUCAAAUUUUGGCUACACAGCUUUGCAUCAUGCCGCCAGAGAGGGACACACAGAAAGUGUAAACAUAUUGUUGAAGUAUGGUGCUAAUACAGAAGCUAGAGACAAAGUAGAGCAUCGUACCCCAUUACACUGUGCAACUGCAAGAAAUAAAACAGAAUGCAUGGACAUGCUGAUUACCAAAGGUGGUGCAUUUAUUGAUGCCAGAGAUAAAAAUAAUAACACAGCUUUACACAUUGCCGUCAGUGUGGGCAACGUUAAUGAUGUGACGUUGUUGGUAGAAAGAGGAGCUGACAAAAAUCUUAAAAAUUAUAAGGACCAAACUCCAAUAGUGUUAGCUGUUCAUAAAGGAAAUGAAGAUUGUGCGGAUGUAUUGCUUCGUGGACCACAUUUUAAAGAUGCUAGAAGUUACCAAAAAUGCACACGAUAGCAUAUACUCGUGUGACUCAGCUGUACUUUUUCG